GAGUCAGGAUUUAUAAAGAGGAAUGGACUGUGGAUGCAAACUCUGGAUCUUUGUUUGAAUCAUGUUUCUAAGGGAGGGCGUGUGCUUGCCAUUAGCUGGAGAAUUAGAUUCCAUGUGGAUUAACACGUCAGAGGGCUGACUGAACCAGUAAGAACCGGGCUGGUGUAAAACUGCUGGCAGAUCAGCCAAUCAAACCUCAGUGGUACAAUGCUGCCCCCUGCAGGAAGUGCUGUCUCUGACAAUCAGGUGUGUCUAACAGGAAGAGGGAAGUGCAAUUUCUCACAGGUGAAAGCUUUAGUUACAUCAGGGACCUUAUCUUACGAUAGAAUACGAUAUCUAUUUAUAUUAUUCAGAAAUGCAGGAUUUUCUGAUAACAUAGCCAGAGAAAAAAAUACCAAGAUGAAGAGAGAUUUGAGUCUAAUUUUAAAGACAGUCCUUAGCUGCAGUUUGUUGUGACAGCAGUAAGUAAAAGUGAAACUAAACUACAUAUUUAGCAGGAGUCAUUACUGAGCUCAGAACAGACCAAGACAGAAUGGCGUCUGGAUCUUCUCUCCUGGAAGAGGAGCUCUCCUGUCCUGUGUGCACUGACAUCUUCAGGGAUCCUGUUGUCCUGAGUUGCAGUCACAGCUUCUGUAAGGCCUGUCUGCAGCAGUACUGGGCACAGAAGGGAUCUCGGGAGUGCCCAGUGUGCAGGAGAAGAUCUUCUAAGGAUCGGCCUCCCAUUAGUCUAUCUCUGAGGAAUACCUGUGAGGCCUUCUUAAAGGAGAGAAGUCAGAGAGCUAAAGCAGGAUCUGAAGUGCUCUGCAGUCUGCACAGUGAGAAACUGAAACUCUUCUGUUUGGUGGAUCAAAUACCCAUCUGUGUUAUCUGCCAAACUUCAAAAAAACAUGAAAACCACAAAAUGCGACCAGUUCAGGAGGCUGCGGAAGAGUAUAAGGAGAAACUCAGGGAAACUGUACUGGCUCCACUGCAGGAGAAGCUAAAAGCCUUUAAUGCAGUGAAACUUGACUGUGAUCAAACAGCAGAGCAUAUCAAGAGCCAGUCCCAGCACACAGAGACAGAGAUGAAGAUGGAGUUUGAGAAACUUCAGCAGUUCCUAAAAGAUGAAAAGGCAGCCAGGAUCACUGCAUUGAGGGAGGAAGAGAAGAAGAAGAGUCAGAUGAUGAAGAAGAAGACUGAGAAGAUGACAGAAGAGAUAUCAUCUCUUUCAAAACAAAUCAGAGCCAUAGAACAGGAGCUGGGAGCUGAUGACAUCUCAUUCCUGCAGAGCUACAAAGAUGUGGAGAAACGAGCCCAGUGCACACUGGCGGAUCCAAAGAAGGUCUCAGGAGCGCUGAUUGAUGUGGCCAAGCACCUGGGCAAUCUGAAGUACAGAGUGUGGGAGAAGAUGCUGGGGACUGUUCAAUACACUCCUGUGACUCUGGAUCCAAACACAGCACAUCCCAUCCUCUCACUGUCUGAGGAUCUGACCAGUGUGAGACGCAGUGAUGAGAGUCAGCAGGUUCCUGAUAAUCCAGAGAGAUUUGAUGGGUGGCAGUGUGUGCUGGGAUCUGAGGGAUUCAGCUCAGGGAGACACUGCUGGGAUGUAGAAGUAGGAGAUGAGCACUGGGUGGUGGGUGUGGCUAAAGAGUCCGUCAGCAGGAAAGGGGUUGUGUAUCCGAGCCCAGCAGGAGGAGUGUGGAGUAUAUGGCAGCUCAGUGGGAAAUGCACAGCCCUGACCUCCCCAACUACACCCCUCACUGUGCAGAGGAAACCCCAGAGGGUCAGAGUGCAGCUGGACUGGGACAGCGGGGAGGUGUCAUUCUCUGACCCCAGUGACAACACUCCUCUCUACACUUUUAAACACUCCUUCACUGAGAGAGUGUUUCCAUUCUUCUGGCCUGUUUAUAUGCGGAUCUGUCCUCUGAAGGUGUCUGUAAGAGUGGAAUAGUGCUGUGGAGCCUGCCGCUGUGCACCAUCAACUGAUCUGAUCCAGACAUCAUUCACACCUUUUCUGAACAGAACUUCAGCGAUACCCCAAACCACGGCGUGUCUACUGCACUGAUGCACUUAUUAAAAGCCAGGGUCAAACCAGGUUCAGCUUCCAAAACGCUGCAACACGCGGGCUCAGGUCAGACUUCGGCUGAAUAGAAUGUGGGCUCAUGUUGGGUCAGGCUGACGUUUUUGGGCCCGUUUCAAGCUCUAGUCUGAGAGUGAGGGAAAUGUCUGUGGUCAUACUCACUCUGUCCACAAGAGGGCGACAGAAGCUGUGCUGAGGUGUUGGGUGAAGCCCUGGCUCUACCAGGUCUGCAUUCAAUCGCUCCUUUUUUCCGUCCUUACCACCUUUCCUAGUAUGGAAAACCAAACCGGUCAAAAAUACACUAAAUUGACAUUGGGAAUCAUGCAUCGUCAGAGUUUUGUCAACAGGCACAUUCCAAUCACGUAUCUUUACCUUCUUGAACAUCCAAUUACAGUUUACUUAUUAAUUUGAUUAUACUGGCAAAUGUUUCUCCCUAUAAUUGUAAAUUCCUAAAAGCCAUACCUUUGUUUUUGGUUUUUGAGAAAGAAAUGUCAUUGCAUUUACAAUCAUUGACGCUUAUAGAAUAAUUAAAGCAGAAAGAUUAAAGUGUAUAUCAGUCCUCAAGAAAUUCACAAUGCCUAAAUUAAGAUGAACAAUCGUGUGAAAGAUUAUACGCAUACAGUUCAUUUUGUUGGUUGAUCGGCAGAUAGGCAUGGUAUUGUCUCUGGACACCCUAGUACACAGCUUUGAUUUUAAGAACGAAAUCUCAGUGGUGUUGAUACAACAUUGACAUUCAGGAUUAGCUAGUUUAAGCUGAACUGGAGAAAGUGUGUUUGUGAACGGGCGUGGGGGUGAUUAUUGCUUCUCAUUUUUAAAUAGUUAGUGAAGACCAAAUGCUGAUUGAAUCCUGGCUAUAUCCUGUAAUGAACAGUACUGUAACAUUGGAAAUGAGAAUUGCUAAAAUUUCUGUUAGCUUUGUUUCCUCUACAGCAACCAGCGGUGUUUCCUUGAAUUUCCAUAUCUCCCUCCCAAGGGUGUCACACUAGCAUGUGACCGUUUUGGUGCCAAAACU